AUGGGAAGUAACUCGAGUAAAUCUGGUACUGAGACAGCUGCAUUCACGCAAAAGAACGACUUAGACAAGGACUCGAGCUCUAAUUCCGAUCCUCGAUCUCCAACGCCUGAAAUAACUCGAACUCCAUUACAGGUAAAAAAUGGAACAAAGCACAAUAUAACUAAAAAUGCAGAUUUACGGAAGAAGUUUGAAAACGAAAAGGCAGAAGGUAAACUCAUCCAUAACAACCCUAUUUUAUCUGCUGUUAUUAAAAACCAUUUACAAUCAUAUGACCCACGCUCACCAACUCAAGAUUUUGAGAGGACACCAAUAAUAAUAACUUCAAAGAUUGAAGAAGAAGAGGCUGGUACGAAAUUCCUGAGGAUUCAGUCUGAAAAUAAUAAUUGUGGCAGCCCUUGUUUAAAAAAUGGUACUGAUGAUCAUAAUAGUAAUGAUUCUUUUGACAUAAAUGAAGUCAGCCCUGACAUAGCGGUGCCUAAAAACUUAUGUGACGGUUUUUAUGACAUGACACUAAAUGAGACACUUAAAGAAAAUGAAGAGCCAUUAGGGUCAUCUACGGCUUCUAAUGAAGUAAUUGAAAGUGAAAUUUCUAAGGAAUCUUCAAAUCAACAAUUCUUAGAAACUAACUUUGAUUAUGUAGAAAGUGAGCCAGAUAAAUUAGAAGACAAUAAAGAUAAAAUAGAAAUGAUAGACAGAAUGAAAGACACUUUGGACUAUGAUGUAAAAAAUAUUCCUCUGUUCAAAAUACUUAAGGAAGAUCCAAGGUCCCCGUCCAUAGGAAUAGAUAGAACUCCUAUUGUAGUCUCCAAAGUUGGAGAGGACGUUAGUGAUGAAAAUGUUGAAGAUAUGUCUGAUGAUUCAUUAAUUCAAGUAUUACAAACAACAAAUACUGAACAAGAAAAUGUAGAGGAUAAGAAUCCUGAUGGAAUUCUCAUUUACGAAGAUAAAGUCCUCACUCUCAAUGAUACACCUAAAAAAUCUAAGUCUGAAAACAACAGUGGAUCAAGAACACCUUUGUCAUGUAUGAAAAAUAAAGCAGAUUCAGGACACGGUAGAUCUAAAUCAACAAACACUAUUUAUGAUUCAAAAAGUCAAAAAUCAAAACUUCCUAAACGAGUAUCUCACAUUCCAAGACUGAAAUCUUUAACACAACAAUCUAAGUAUAUUUCAUCUGAGAGCAGUGUGUCUUUAAAAAAUAUUUCUAAGGCUAUUAGUGGAGAUUGCGAAAAUACUCCUCCGCAUUCUCACCGUGAUAGAUGGGACAAAGACAGUAGUAUUGUACUU